CGCUGCACAAUGUGUGUGUGUGUGUGUGUGUGCGUGCGUGCGUGUGUGUGUGUGUGUGUGCGUGCGUGCGUGUGUGUGUGUGUGUGCGUGCAGCUGAUGGUUAUUUCCAGAGAUGCUCUGUCGUCUGCCAGUGUGGUGUACCAUUGGAGGAGGCGGUGGUCCUGCAGCAGUGCUUUGCCCACCACACCUCGCGUUGUUCCCAAUGUCCCCGCAGCAGCGGCCGGGGACGACGCGUAAAGCUCCGCCUGUAGCUGUGGGAACUCGAGUCACAUCUCCACAUGGCCUGCCUACGGAUUUUCUGUCCCUUGACUGUUGAAAAUACCUUGGCUGCUCCCUGCCUCUGUGGCUAAUUCCUUAGGAACCGGUGGAUCCAGUUUGAUCCAUCCCUCUCUUUCUUCCUCCACCAAACCAACUUGUCGAGUCUUCCCCCUCAGUGUUCCUACUGUCAAAAAAACAAGCAACAACAAAAAAAAAAAAAACCCCACACACGAGACAACAGAAGAAGGAAAAGUUCACCGCGAGCGGCUCGGCGAAUAGCUGCGUGACUUGUGGUGCAAAUGUCACGUCAGGGUCGGACUGAGUGAGCGCGGAGCUCGAUGGGAGCGUGUCGGUGUUGAAGUGGAGAGUCGACGGGACGCGCACGGAGAGUCUUCGACGCAGACGCAGCCGCAGCAGCAGCCACCUCGGGAGAUCACUGGACGGAAUUGACAUUUUCGUUUGUUUGAAGGGAGGUGGAGACAAUCCAACCAACCCCCUCCCUCCCUCCCUCCGUCCUUGACUGAAACUACCAACUAUCUCUGGCCAGGGGAGACACUCAAGGUCUCCCAAAGCACCUGAAAUGGAGGCUCCCGAUGGCCACAGUGCUAGUGAUGCCCAGUGCUCUCCUGGUAAGGAGAACUCAAGGAUUUUGGCGGAUAUGUCAACCUCUAAUGGACAAACAGUUCCUCAGGGUCCCAAUUCCCCCAGCGAACUGACAAUUAAGCAAGAGGAAGAAACAGCACAGGAAGAAACAGCACAGGAAGCUGACGACAGAAGCCCAGCACUUGAAGAAAUAGGCCAAACAGGGGAGGAAGGAGGAGUAUUGGAGGAAUCCAUGACUGGUAGCCCAAGCAACAUACAGGAUGGAUCAUCUGGGCCUAAUAUGACAGCCGAUGCAGGAAGUCGACAACCAAAUGGUGACAGGCCAUUCCAGUGCAACCAGUGUGGUGUCUCGUUCACCCAGAAGGGAAACCUGCUGCGACACAUCAAGCUGCACACGGGUGAAAAACCCUUCAAAUGCCCCUUCUGUAGCUACGCCUGCCGGCGGCGCGAUGCUCUCACUGGACAUUUGCGCACUCAUGCUGUUGGCAAACCGCACAAGUGUAACUACUGUGGGCGAAGUUAUAAGCAGCGCACGUCCCUAGAGGAACAUAAAGAGCGAUGUCAUAGCUACCUGCAAGGAAUCGGCUUGGAUCCGACUGCCCACACUGGUCCUUACACAGGUGAGGUUUCUAAAGAGCCAAGGUCCAUGUCAGAGGCCAACACCAUGGCAACCUUUGAUCGUCCGCCCGUUAUUGAAAGGCUGCAUAGCAACGUGGGCAAGAGGAAGAGCACCACACCUCAAAAGUUUGUGGGUGACAAGAUUGUUCGCUACAGCUACCCUGAUAUAGGCUAUGAGAUGGGGAUUAAGUAUGAAAAGCAGGCUGAACUGAUGCCAGCCCACAUGAUGGACCAGGCUAUCAGCAAUGCUAUCACAUACCUCGGAUCAGACACCCUGCGGCCCAUGCUCCACCAUCCAGGUCCACCGCUCUCUAUGGCUGACGUGGUGCCCAUGGUCAACCCCCUCUACCACCAUGUCUUGCCACUGGGCCAGCGAACAGAGCAUCCAGGAAAUUGUGAUUCGCUGCCACCACAUCCACCUCAUCCCCACCACUUCUCCACAAACCCCACAUUAAAUGGCCCCACUGCUUCGACCAGGCAGGGCAAGCUGCCCCAGUCAGGGCACGAGGAAUCUCCCAGCAACAGUGGAGUUGACUCUGCUGACUCAGCGCGCAGCAGCCCUCAGGAGAGGCGGGGCUACCAUGGGGGCAACCCCCCUCCUGGCCUCAGGUCCAGUCCAGCGGUGGUCUGCUCAGGUGAGCGGGUGAGGGAAGCAUCACCAAGAGCUGUGGCAGGAAUGGGGACUGGGCUAAUGCGAGUGGCUGCAGAGAGGCCUGUGAGCCAGGAAGGGGUGCGUGUGUUUGGACGAGAGGGCCAGGAGUUGCGUGCCUUUCAGUGUGAGCACUGUCGGGUGCUCUUCCUGGACCACGUUAUGUACACCAUCCACAUGGGUUGCCACGGAUACAGAGAUCCACUGGAGUGCAACAUCUGCGGUUACCGCAGCAAAGAUCGCUAUGAAUUCUCCUCUCACAUAGUCCGUGGUGAGCACACCUUCCAGUAGGAGGAUGGGUAGGAAUUAAGAGGAAGACGAAGAAGGGAAAGGAGCAAUAGGCUGAUAUCCAUUCUUAUCCCCGACCUCUGAGACUACGCCUGAAUAGCACUGUAUACAAGUGUAGCACAAUCAAAGACGUCUUUUUAAGCUACUUUUUGUCUAUCAGAACAUUUGCAACAAUCAUAUGAAGGUUUGGGCCAAAGAUACAUUUUCUACGUAUUUAAUUCAUUAUUAAAUAUAGAGGAAGGAAGGUAAUUUUUUUUUCUCCUGAAAAUGUUGAUGCAUUUUGUAUAGAGCAGCUGUCGAACUUUGACCAGUUCGUCGUCUUCUUUGUGUAUUUUGGAAAAGUCUUGUCUCCGUGUUCCUUCACCACCUUGCAGGCUCAGUGUGGUAGAUAAAAUUUGAGUUUUAGUUCAAUGCUACCGAUAAGAGGUUAAGUAUGAGAAGACUUCAAAAAGUCUUUAAUCGAAAGUAUAAAUAAUAAUGAUUACUACAUUAAUAUCAUUCAUAUGUGCUUGGUGAAAAUUGAGUUUUAAAAAAAAAUAUCUGGUCUUUAACGAUAAACAUGUUUAAUGUUUUUUUGUUUUUGUUUUACUUUUUGUGUACCCUAUUGCCUAGGCCAAUAAUAAUUUUCCUAUGAACACCAGAGUAAUGGUAUGAAUGUCUGGUGCUGUGUGUUAUAGCUACAAGCAGUUUCCUGAGCAUUGGACAUGAUGAGUUCAGAGAACGUGGAGGCUUUGAGUGCAGUCUAUGAAGAGAAGUGUCAAUACAAGUAGCAAAUCAAUGUGUUGUUGAUGAACAAAGACUAAAACUAGUUUUUACAGAUGUAAGAUAGAUAUAUAUAUUACAAUUUGUAAACUAAUGAUGGAAAUCAUAAAUGCGUUUUCCUAUUUAAAAAACAAACAAAAAAAACAACUACCUCUUAACAACUACUUUGUAACAAUCAGACGGUGUUAAAGUCUUCAUUGAUAGAUUUAACAUAUCGACUGAUAUUGUGGUUUUGUAUGAUGAUAAAAUUUUAAGUUAUAUUUCCUAUUGCUAAUGAAAAAAAAAAGAUUAGUACUAUGCUUUCCAAUUAACACUAGCUGGUAAAGCAUUAACGUACCACUCAUACAGAAAAAGAAAACGUCACGCUUUCUGUUGGUUGCUUGUACAAUUUUUUGUAACAUUAAGAGAGGUCCUGUACAAAAAUAAACAACCAAAUGAAUUACCUCAACCCCCCUCUGGAAAAUUAAAUCAAUUUGACUCCAAUGUGCAUAUUUGGCAAUUUGGCGAUAAAUACAAGAAAAAAACAACCUCAAAUAAUCGUGACAUGCAUAUGCACAGGAAGCAUUUUAAAUUUAGACAUUUUUGGUUAGGUUUACUUACUUUCAGUAAGUAAGUAAACCUCACUUAUUUACUGAAAGUUUCAAGUAUAAUGAAUUGGGCUGUAAAUAAUCAAAUACAUUUAUAAAAUGUACCCUGUAAAGUGACAAACAUUGUUAACUAAUUUAAUUUCUAUUUCCUGAGAGUGAAAUUAAUAGAAUUAAGUCUAUUAUGACUUAAUUCUCUCCAUAGUGAUCAGCCUCUAUUUAGUUUACACUUAGGACUGUUGAUGAUGAAGCAAAGAAUACAAAGUGUGGCCUAAUUAUUCUUGUUAGCCCUGUAACCUUAAACCCCUGAUGACUCGCGGGUCAUGUUGUUUGCAGUGUUGGCACACGGCUAAAUUGUUUAACUUUGAGUUUCGCAGAUUGUUUGAUACGUCCACAUUGUCAGCCUAACCUGGCACAGGGUCACAGACUAAGAUGAGAAGUCAACUACCUGGCUGGAGUAUGAUGAUUUACGGGAAAGGAUACCACUGAUGUACCUCACUUUAUGCUUUGGGUCAGUCUCUAUCGAUCUAUCUAGUCCACUUUGUUUUAGGCCAGAUGUAUAUAAGCUCUUUUUUCAGAUCAUGGACAUAGGGUCAGGUAGGGCCUGCGUUAUUGGUGUUAUUUUCUAGCACGCUCAAUACCCACUGAUACUAUAUGUGUGGCGUCAAAACCAUCAUUCAUUCUAUUGAAUUAUGUAAUGGCCAAUACAGCAAGACUCUACAGCUUUGUCUUUGGCAACUUCAAACAGCUUGAAAUCAAGCCUAACGCCUAAAAUGUAUCACAUUGUGGGAAUUGAGAUAAUUCUUGAUGUUGGUUUCUUACUAGAGAUGUUCCGAUAUUAUUUUUUCCCUUCCCGAUACCAAUUCAGAUACCUGGACUUGGGGUAUCCACCGAUACCAAGUACCAAUUCGAUACCAGUGCAUUUAAGAAAACAAAAAUGCAUAUAACAUAUUGUAACAACUGUAUGCUACCAACCCUGUAUGGAAGUGAAGAUUGCGGUCGUUGUUUGGCCUGGCUCAGGUUAAACCCUUCGAAAACACAGAAAAAUAAGCCAUAGAACUUAUUUUAUUCAAAAGAACUAAUAUAAAUGAAUAUAGUAAUAAAAACAUUUUCUAUCUUCAAAUAGCUGUUAAAGUGUAGCCUCAUCUUAUGAUAAUAAAAGACCCUCAUAUUUUUAGACAGUUCUGUAACAGCAACUUCAAAUUUCAAAACUAGAUAAUUAAAUAACAAUUGAUUGAAAAACAUAUCAGAACAGCUCUAUUUCUUAAUGGAGUAAUAUUAACCGGCUCUUGUUUGAAUCAGGCUGCACUUUGACUGCUCAUCACAAACAAGCGUACAUACACACACACAGACACACACACACACACACACACUGAUGUCUUUAGCUUUUCCUUGCUCUUUGAAUAUUGCUCUUUGCAUUGGCAUAAUGCUGCCACAUUAAUGUAUGACCUUUUACAGGCAGCAUGAGCAAGAGGAAAAGUGAGAGAAGUGUGGUUACCACUUAGUUCUCUGCUGAAGGCACUUCCCAAAGCAGAUAGCAUUCCGAGUCACCUCUGUAAACCUGCUCCAACAUUAAAAGCUUAUGUAGGCAAAAUGUAAAUUCACCUCAAAAAGUAUAUUUUCCAUAAUUUAAUGUAUGUUUAAGGAUCACAGAUUUAGAUCCAUAGAGCCAGUCGCAGCUCCUCCACAGUUACUCAACGUUACACAUUAUGUCCAUUCUCUGCUCAUAGGCAGCAUUUGUUUGUUUGUUUGUUUGUUUGUUACAUUAAAGUGAAGGUAGAGAAAAUAAUCUCUUGACAGAACAAUUUGCUGACAUGAUAAACACUUGAUUGUUCUCGACGGUUAAACUCAGUGAUCUAUUCAUCCAUGUUACAUAUCUAUUUUUUUGAUCAAAAGGCAGCUUUUUAUCUGUUAGAAAAAUUGCUUCUCUUUUGCAUAACUUGUGCCCGGCUAGCAUAAAAACGUACUGUCUGUAAAGCAUUGGCACUGGAAAUUGUUUACAACUCGCAGCUGUGAUAUUGACUCUAUACAUUCCUCUACUAUAAUAUUGCUGUACAUAUUUACCAUGUGAAAGCCAUAUCUGUGUUGACAGGGGUCCACCAAAAAACAACAUAUCCUUUAAAUUACCCAAUGGUUUAAACAAAUUGCAACAUUAUAAACAUUAUAUAUAUAUAUAUACAUUCGGUGACCUCUCAUGUCCUAUGAAUGGCGGCAUUAUUAUCCUGAUUUGUCAUUAAAUAUGUAUGUGUGUAUAACCUUUUUUGCUCCCAUAUUAAUGUUGUAAUAACGAUAUCCUUAGCAGCGAUAUGAACAAAACAAGUCAGUAAAACAGGACUUCUGUCAGCCCUCCUUUGAAGUGUGGACUUUACUUGAAAAUCUAAAUCAUUGGCAUUGUUUCAGAUUGUGGGGAUGUUGUUUUGUAAAUUUCGAAAGGGAGUGUGCUAAAUGUCUAUUUUUCUGCUGAAAUGUUAAUGCAAAUAGUUUUGUGAACUUUGUGUGUAUUUUUUUUUCAAGUUGAAAAAUGUUUACAAAAAUGUAAAAGACAGGGAUCAGGUACAUUGUAUUUUUUAAGAAAUAAUAUAUGACCGGUGUUUAUGACAUUAUCAGAAAAAUGUGUGUCGAUUGGUCAUCUCAGAUGUUGAUAACAAUUUUCUGAUGUGAGGGGUCUCAGGUAUUUGUAUAGGUUGUGUAUUUUUAUGUCCUACAAUAUGUGAUUUAUUUAUCCCCAAAAAAUGCACAUUCAUUGAAAUGCUUUGGUAAUUUCUCUUGACUUAAAUCAGUCCAGUACUGAAUGUGGUGAAGCACGUUGGAGGAUUGUUCAGCCCUGUUUUUCAGCAUCAGUGACAAUACAUGAAGACACACUGCAGUGAAAAAUACAAUGUAUAUUUGGAGGCAUGGGUUUCACUCUUAUUAAAGAAAAGAUUUAAAUCUUUUCCUGUUUUGUAAAUUAUGCAACAGGAAGUGAGACAAAUUGUUAUAUGGCUUUCUUCAAAACAUGCACACUGUAUAAUUGCAAUUAAAAGAUUUCAUCGUGAGAAAAACGGCAGUGCUUAAAUAUUGUAAACAACAUGCAAGAGCAUAUCAGGAACAAAAAAUGAAUUCAACUAAAAAGGUUUAAAUAUG